UUUUACCCCAGGGUUUAUCGUAAAUUGUCACUUGAAAAGCUUAAAACUCCUUACUUUACAGUACUUAUAAUUACAUUCUAAUUGAAAUUACACUAGACGUAUUUAAACCCAGCUGCUUUUCACGCUACGGAGCUUUUGAAGGAUAAUCAGAGCUAAAGAAUGACGGAGCUAUUACCGACUGUAGGUCGGUCCUCGGUUAAUAUAAGUCACUCUGAUAUUAUAGAAGCUCUUUUCAAGAACAAUCUGCACUUAACACCAGAGCAGGCUCCAAUUAAUGAGGAGCCCAACAUACAGGAGAGUAAGCUCAAAUAUAUGAUUUACAAUGGGGCUAGGAUGCUUCCAAUAUUUAAUCGGUUCUUGCCAGUUGCAGAUGAAAAGAAGAUCUUGAUAGAUUCUUUAGUAUCACAACAAAGUUCUGCAACCACGUAUAGGAAAUGGUAUGAUGCUUCUUUACAGCUCGACGAAGUUUUGGGCAAUAACUCCUGGAAGCUCAAUCCUCAAUCCAAUAUGUAUGAUUACGACUUGAUUUUCAGAAACUUGAAAGAAAUGCAAAAUGCACGAUUGUCAAAAGAUUACAAGUUGCUUCUUUAUUUGAUAAGGACAAAAUGGAUAAGAAACUUGGGUAAUAUGGGAAAUAUUGACUUGUAUAGACACUCGCAUGUUGGAACCAAGAAGCUUAUAGAAGAAUACGUUAAUGAAUGUCAACUUUCUUUGGAUUACCUUAUAUAUGACCACGAUGUUAAUUUGGAUGAUCGCUAUUUAUUGGGAAUGCUUAUACAGACAAGAAAGAAUGUCGGUAGAACAGCUUUGGUUUUAUCGGGAGGAAGUACAUUUGGUGUUUUCCAUAUCGGUGUGCUUAUCACAUUGUUGGAAGCUAAUUUAUUACCAAGAAUUGUUAGUGGAUCAUCAGCUGGAUCUAUUAUUGCUAGUAUCUUGUGCUGCCAUACUAAUGAAGAGACCGUACUACUUCUUAAUACCAUCACUGAGCGCAAGUUCAAUAUCUUUGGUGAGCAUAUAGACCACACGAUGAAAAAGAGUAAAUUCAAAAACUUGUUAAACAGUUUUGGUCAUUUACUCAAAUAUGGUACAUUAUUUGAUAUUGAUGGCUUACAGGAAACUAUGGUUGAUUUUGUUGGAGAUUUGACUUUCAGGGAAGCAUAUAAUAGAACCGGUAAAAUCCUUAAUAUUACGGUCUCCCCUGCAUCUGCUCAUGAGCAGACAAGGUUAUUGAACUAUCUAACUGCUCCGAAUUGUUUAAUUUGGUCAGCCGUUUGUGCUUCUUGUUCUUUGCCGGGAUUUUUCCCAUCGACUUCUAUCUACGAAAAGAAUCCAAGAACAAAUGAAAUACAUGAAUGGAAUAACGAUGUCACGAUGAAGUACGUUGAUGGAUCCGUUGAUAAUGACCUACCCAUCACACGAUUACUGGAAAUGUUUAAUGUUGACCAUAUAAUAGCUGUUCAGGUAAAUCCUCAUGUCAUUCCGAUGUUGAAGGUUUCUAUCAGUAGCCUUGGUGGAGAAAUAGAAAAUGAACUUAAUGCUAGAAUAAGAGAUUUGAUGAAUAACUGCUAUGACUUUAUCACGUCUGAAAUCGUCCACUACCUUCAAAUAUUGAGUGAAAUGAACAUAUAUAAAAACCUUUGUGGUAAACUUAUCACAUUACUUUCGCAAGAUUAUUCAGGUGAUGUGACUAUCUUACCUGACCUAACUCCAGUAGAUUUUACAAAAAUUUUUGAAAACCCUACCCCUGAAUUCAUUCUCGAUUUUAUUAUUAGGGGUGCAAGAGCUUCUUGGCCAAAAGUUACUGUGAUUCGUAAUCAUUGUGGGGUUGAGUUUGCGUUAGAUAAAGCCAUCAGUUUGCUUCGUGGACGUUUGAUAUCUUCGGCAAAUAACUUAAUUGGUUAUCAUUCUCAAGCACCGGACAAGUCACUUUCUAUGAAAAAUACUAAUUCAAGCAAUUCAUAUUAUACCUUGGUGAAUUCACCAGUUUUAAACGAUGACCCUAAGCAUAGCGACUCCCUUUUUGAAAAGUCCAAUGAACAACCAGGAAUCAAGAGACACAAUUCAACAUCCAAUACAAGGGCCUCAGAUCCUGAAAAACUUCCUAUUAAGAGUAAGAGAAAUUCAAUUGGUCCUCAAAAUCCUGCAGCAGAUAGAAAAAAAAGCAAGGGUCAAUCGUUUACAUCCUUGGUAUCAUUAACCAAUUCGAAUAAUGGUAACCCUUCCCGUGGUGGUUUCGAUAAAGAGCGUCCAGAUCUUUUCGUAAGAUUCUCAGAGCAGUUCGAUCAAUCACAACUUAAUCAAUCUGAUUUGAAAAGGACAGCUUCUGCCCGUAAACAUCGUAUUCAUUUCGAAGAUCAAAAUAUUAGGAAGGCGAAAAGUUCUUCGAACUUCCAUAAAGAACCUAAAUUUGAUGACCCGGCUACAACGAAAAGUAAAGGGAAGCUUAAGUACCAGACAGAAAGGAUCCCCUACUAUAAAGGUAACCCAUACUCUGAAAAUGUUAAUAAAUCAAAGAAACCCAGUUUUGAUGGUGAAAUGCAAUAUGCAGAAAAAGCCAUCACGACCCCAGAUGGGUCUGAGAAAGCCAACUUACCGAAGCGGUCAAAUAACAGCUCUUUAAGGAAUUCCUUCAUUGGUCUCAAUAGACUUAAGGAUCAUAAAUCUUCUACAUCAAGCUCCAUGAGUAACUCUAGGACAAGCUCAAAUAGUAAUUCCUAUUUUAACUUGAAAGAUCACCCCGAUGUCCUUAAAAGUUUGAAUUCUCCCGAUAUCAGACGUAAACUAACCCGUCUGUUAAAAGGGAUUAAAACAAGUCUCAAAAGUAGAACUUCGAGUGAAGAAGAUUUCGGUGAGCUGAAUAUGUUUGAACCUAUCCAUGUUGACAAUGCGAGUGACUUAACUGAUAAAAACUCUAGCGAAGAAAGUGAACAACACGUUGAUUCUCGGAGCUACGAAGAGGGUGAUGAGGAUGAUUUGACAGUUGUUCCGGAAAGAGCAGGAUCUUCUUCUAGAGCAUAUUCUCCUGGUCUAACAAGCGGUGCCAAAAAGACUAAUGAGAAAUCCAAAAUUGGUCUAGACAAUUCUCCCGAUAUUGAUGCUUUUUACGAAUGUGAUUAACUUCUACUUUAAUAAUGUCAAUUUAAUUUACUUCUUCUUAAUAGUUUUGUAUCUUUUUCUUUGAUUCAAUUCUCGAAACUUACAU